GUUUCUGUCUGGUGUAGAUGCCUGGUGCAAAAUGUGCAGUGAAGGAGGUCUCCCAUCAGAAAUGCAAAACCUGGAUUUGGCCAUCCAUCAUCAUCAAUCCCUUUAUGAACAGGUCACUCAGGCUUACACUGAGGUAAGCCAGGAUGGAAAGGCUUUGCUGGAUGUCCUGCAACGUCCCUUGAGUCCUGGAAACUCAGAAUCCCUCACUGCUACAGCAAAUUAUUCCAAGGCUGUUCACCAAGUUUUGGAUGUGGUCCAUGAAGUCUUACAUCACCAGCGGCGCUUGGAGAGCAUCUGGCAACACAGGAAGGUUCGGUUACAUCAGCGGCUUCAACUUUGUGUUUUUCAGCAAGAUGUUCAGCAGGUCCUGGACUGGAUUGAAAACCACGGGGAGGCCUUUCUUAGCAAACACACCGGAGUGGGGAAGUCUCUUCACAGAGCGCGAGCUCUUCAGAAAAGGCAUGAUGAUUUUGAAGAAGUAGCACAGGUAAACAUGUAA